CUUAACAUUCUUACUGGUUAAAAAAAAUAAAAAAUUAAAUACAGCAUUUAUUAAGGCUUGUCGACUGAAUGUAAAAAUACUUGCUGGAGGUAAGAGGUGUAAGUUUGCAAUUUAUUUAUCUCACUCCUGUUGCGCCUUUGCUAACUUACGUUGAAGAACAAUUAGAGAAAACACUUGAGUCAUGUGUCAGAGCCGGUGUGGAUGAUGACGUCCUCUGGCCUGACCCGUAUCAGAGGAGAGAUGCAACGUGAUCUGGGUCCUUGCAUCUUGCAAAUUGUAUGUUGUCUAUUCAGCUAUAUGGAAAAAAAAAACCUUCACACAUCCAUUUCAGUAGAGAGGUGCAGAGGAGAGCAAUGUGUCAUCAAAACACGUAAAUGUUUCAGUACUAGACCUUCAUCAGGCACAUUGUGUUUUUAUUCAGCUUAUCACUUUGAAUUGCAAAUUUUGUAUCUGUGCACUGAUUUUCUUUGUGCUCUUUCUCAUUGUACUUACAGGUGAAAUUCCUGAGUUUUGCUACAUGCUACAUUAAAUAGGAAACAUGUUGCAUAUACAUGUAACACUGUAAAAUCUAUUUCAGGACAAACAAACCUACACUUCAUCAAAACAAUGAAAAGUCAAAUUAUUUCCACACACCUGCAUGUGUCAGAAUAUGUUGCAUGGCCUCAUACAUGAAGACUUUUGAUUGAUCACAUCCAUGUUUAUCUGAUGCUCUGUGUGAGAAUAUAACAGCUGUGUGUGUUGUUUUGGUGGAAGGACGUGGCUUUUGAGAGUUUGAGAAAUUAAGCCUCUGUUUCAGGAAAUGUGUUUUUAGUGUUUGUGAAAAAAAAUACAAACAAUGGAUUUAAAGUUGUUGACAUUGGCCUCUUGAUACGCUGGGAUGCUUCAUCAGCGAUGUGUCCUGGGGUCAUAGGUGGCUGUGUUGAUCCUAACCCUGACUUGCAUCCCAGCAGCCAUCGGUUCAGCCCUCUUAAUCCAGAGCCAUAUGGUCGCUUUCUCUGCGGCUUCGCUCAAAGGAUUGGAAAGCCGUCUUCAUGAGAUGCCCAGUUAGUUGAGGACUUCGCUAAAUAGCCUCUACAGCCGACUUCAAUGGGCUCAUAGUGAGUCUUUCUGCCCCUGUCCUGGCAGACCUCCACCAGUACAUGGUAUUUUGCCCACUUCCUUUAAUUGGACCUCUUCCAUGCGUUCUUCCCAUGACUCAAUGAGUUCCAGCAAGAUCAGCUGUUGUUGCCUCAGAGGUGCUGCUCAUGUCUGGCUGAAGUGAAGUGAAGUUCAUUGUGCUGUGGGAACUUUACCCAAGUCGACUGUCAGCUCCCGGUCAGAGGAUGUGAAGAGGAUGUGGCGAUAUCGUCCUUAUGCAAGGGCCUUUGGACAGCUGCUCAGGAGAUGCUGGUUGUGAAGGUUGGCUGGGCCUGGUAGAGCAUCAUAGACAUCUUGGAAGUCUGCCUGCAUGAUGUUUAUGACGAGGGACCAUCUGGAUGCAGCAGAUCCUGCUGCUCAUCGAAGCCAAAGGAGACCUGACGGCCAUCUCUCAGGAGGGGAAUAACUCGGACCUGGUGCCCUGGAUCGAGCUGAAGGGCAACAGAGAGGCCUUCAUCGUGGCCCCCUCGCCCCGCCUCAGGGUCUCACACCUGCAGUACAAGUUCAUGCCUGCAGCUCUGAGCAGGAGGAAGGGAAAGGUGAUCUACGUGGCGAGAAAUCCCAAAGAUGUCCUCGUGUCUUACUUCCACUUUCACAAUUUUGCAAACAUGUUGGAAACCCCGAAAGAUUUUGAUGAUUUCUUUGAGAAAUUUAUGGCGGCCAGAGUGUUUGGAGGCAGCUGGUUCGAGCACGUUAAGACGUGGUACUCCCACAGCGACGACAUGAACAUGCUGUUCAUUACUUAUGAAGAAAUGAUCCAAGACCUGCCGUCGGUGGUGAAGAGGAUCUCCGGCCUCCUGGGUAAAGAUCUGACGGAGGAGCAGCUGGCCGACGUGGUGAAGCACAGCACCUUCAAAAACAUGAAGAAGAUCCCUCAGGCGUCCUACGAGCAGGUUUCAGACGACCUGCUCAACCACAGCCAGGGACGCUUCAUGAGGAAAGGCACCAUCGGGGACUGGAAGAAUCACUUCACCGUGGCUCAGAGCGAGAGGUUUGACGAGGCCUUCCACAGAGAGAUGCAGGACUUCCCUCUGUCGUUUAUCUGGGACCUCCGGGACAUAAAGUGAUCACACUUCAUCAGGACAAAAACCAGAGAAGAAGAAGAAGAAGAGUCACAGCUGCAGCUACAUGAACGAUACUGAAGAAAACUUUAUUUAUAUGGGCUUGUUUUCCCUCCUGCUAUAAUGCUGUCCAUGUGCAUGUUAGCCUUCAGGGCUAACCUUUCCAUGCUGAAACAGGUUGGGGCUGAAAAGGUGCAGAAUUUAGAUUUUAAUUCUCUCAUAGUGAUUUCAUUGAUUUCAAGCACACUCUGUAAAUAUGUUAUUUUCUCACACUGACUUUAACGUUACGGUUUCAUUACACUGACCUGGCUGUUUGAAUUAAACUUUUUUUCACUGAGUCUCUGCAGACGACCUCGUACUUUCUGACAUAUCUUAACAUCUAUCUGCUUUCAUCAAUCAGUCAAGAUAUUUAUUUCUUCAUCGGUAUAUUUUGUUCCGAACGACUUCUAAUUUGAACUUUU